AUGCAAGACAUAACAAAGAUAAGAGUGGCCUCUGUGGUUCUGAACACUGAGAACAGAGAUCUUACUCUCGCUUCCAUUCCCGCUUGUGUCCUGAGCAGCUUGUUCUGCAGUACGUCAGUACGUAAGUACGUAACCGUGUGGGCAGGAGAGUUUCGCCCGACUCUACAGGAAGAAGGCGACCAGGCUCUGGUUCAUUUACCUGUACAUUUCUUACCUGUUGUGCGUCUGCUGCCCGCCGUAAAGAGCGCUCGUUGUUGGACUCUAGCCCUGGCUUUACUCGGGAGAAAAACGAAGGAGACUUUUCAGAAAGAUGAAAAGGCUCUGACUCGCGGCUCCAAGAUGAGUGUCACCUCCUGGUUCCUGGUGAGCAGCUCGGGCACGCGCCACCGUCUGCCGCGGGAGAUGAUCUUUGUGGGCCGCGAUGACUGCGAGCUGAUGCUGCAGUCUCGCAGUGUGGAUAAGCAACACGCUGUGAUCAACUACGACCCAAAGACUGACGAGCACACGGUGAAGGACCUGGGCAGCUUGAAUGGGACGUUUGUGAAUGACUUGAGGAUCCCGGAUCAAACCUACAUCACACUCAAGCUCUCCGAUGUUAUUCGCUUUGGUUAUGAUAUCCUUCUGUCGGCUCAUUCUCCCAGUUUUUACUUUUUACUUAACAUUGUGGUCUUGGGUCAACACAAGGUACCGGAGGAAGCUCUCAAACAUGAAAAGUACACCAGCCAAUUGCAGCUGAGCAUCAAAGCUCUGGAGGCCAAGGCAAAGGAAAAACUUCUUAGUCCAGAGAAGAACAAGGCCUGUGUGUCCAAGGUGAAGGAGAGGGUUGAGAGAAAGGCCCACUCAUUUACAGCUGCUACAGAAGCCCCUAUAUCAAAGCCCACUCCUCUGUACGGUCAGCCUUCCUGGUGGGGAGAGGAUGAAGACCCAGCGAGCAAGAAGGCGCCCUGGGGAGGGAAGCAGCGGGAACAGGACUCGCCAGAUGCACCCAAAGAAUCCUCCAGAUAUGAGCUCAAUGGGUCCUUGUCUGACAGUCAGGCAAAGUCCAUUUUCUCUUACCGUCGAGAGCCCAGCUGCUUUGAGAUCCCCACGAAAGAACUCCAGCAUCCAGCCAAGAAGAUGGAGCCUGAGAUUCAUGAAGUCCCCACAAAGGACAUCCCAGACCUGCCUGAGAGCCUCCCGUCCACCCCCACCCCUCCAGUGGUGCAGAGCCAUGCCUCAUUCACUAUAGAGUUUGACGAUUGCACGCCCGGGAAGAUGAAGAUCAAGGACCACAUCACAAAGUUCUCAUUCCGGCAGCAGAAGAAGCUUCCCCACACGCAAACCGCUGCUGCUCCGACUGAGGUGAUGUCAGCAGAAAGUAAAGUUGCGGACUGGCUGGUCCAGAGCAAUGCCAGUAUGGUGAGAAGGAAGUCUCAGGCGGAGGACUUGUACAGCACCAUCAGUGAUCCCACUGUGCAAAAAUUACGCACAAACUGGGACAACGGCACUCACAGUGAUUUGGGCACCCCUGGAGCCAAUGUGGAUGACUUACUUCAGUCAGAUGUACAACCUGCAUCCCAUGUGUCUCAGCAUCAGGUUCAUUCUCCUCCUCAACGCUACGCAUCUCCUGAAUCUGAGGAGCCAGUCUCUCCAGAGCCACCUUUGGUUCAUGGUCAAACCAAGACUGAGACUAAACAAUCCUUUAUUGUUGAAUUUUAUGACGACAAUCAGAGAAAGAAGCGGUCUCAGUCUUUCACUAAUAACACCACUGCACAGCCGACGUCUGGACUUAAAGCAGAGGCUGAGAGGUCAAGGAAGAGUCCCAGCCCGACUGGGGAAAGUGCUCUUCCAACUCAGCGCUACACAGUGCCUUUAAAGGGUAGUGAGUCCCCUGGUCCCCAAAGGGCGGGCUCACUGAGGAGGGAGAGGACAGAAGAACGCAUCUGCACCAGCUUCUCCUCUCGCUCCACAUCCUCUGUCUCCACACGACCUUUCAGCAGUGUGGGGCGCAGGUCCAAACUGGCCCGAGACUUCACUGCAGAAUUUCUUAAACAAGAAAAACAGAGUGCUUCUGCAGAGGGAACAAUGUAUAGCCCACGAAAUGUUAAAACCACGUUACCCAUACAAAACAGCCCUCCUUCAUCCAUCCCAGGGAAUCAGCCCCAGACCUCCUCCCCCAUCCACCAUCCUGUGCCCCUCAACAGCACAGUGACCACCGUGGCACACGAUAACUCUGAAGUGAAGACAACUCACUGCAGCAGAAAUGAGGAGGAGGACAGUCUUAGCGAUGCAGGCACUUACACCAUAGAGGCAGAUGUUCAGGACAAAGAGCUAGAGGAAGCCCGCAGCAAGAUUGACCAGGUUUUUGGGGUGCAAACCAACCAAAAUGAAGUAGAGGCGUCAACCACAGAUAGACCUGUUAUUGUUAAAGGCAAUGAGCAGCAUAGGCAGAGUAGCUCUGGGCAGAUCCAGUCCCCCAAGUGGAUGUCUUGCUGGGCCAGCUUGGCUGACAGCUAUACAGAAUGUCCCCCCACUUUCCAGAUGGAGCCGUCUGUUGGUGGUAUCGGACACAAAACCAUGCUGAGACAAACCCAAAGUGUGGGCCCAAGUGGAGAGAUGACAGAGGGCCCAGGAGUGGCUGUGAUGAGACAGGAGAGCUUCACUACGGAGCGGCCCAGUAGUGUGCAGCUGCCACACAUCUCCAGUCCAGAGUCUGCCUCUCAUGACACUCACUCUUAUCUCAAACAGACUGAGGAUGUUCUGGCUGCACUGGAGGCCAAACUCCAGACCGCAACACCUUCUCCUGUAGCAGACUCUGCAUCUGCAGAGUCUGAUGUGGACACAUCCAGCUCUGUGAGCCAACAGAGUAACAAGACCAAACCUGGGCAGACCAGUAAAAAGCCUUCCAGCACUUUCCACAGGGAGCAGUCAUCUGCCAGUAUCACCAGUCAGGACUCUAAUGUCCAAUCCUCUGUGUCAUCAAGGAGAGCUCUUCACUCAGACACUUUCAGAAAACCCUCUGUUCUGAGGCACCGUGUGGGAAAUCAAGGAUCCAUAGACUUAAGCGACGAUCACCAGAGCUCCAGCCGGCACUGCUCAGACCAGGAGUCCAACCACACCCAGGUCAGCAGGAAGUACACCGCCCCCCUACAGAAGGAGCCGAGCAAGGGCAGAGUGUCCCAGGCUUUGAGUCGUGCCAACAGCCUGUCUGCUCCUCGAGCCACCCGAGCGUCCAUGUUGCGACGGGCUCGUCUCGGGGAGUCUGACAAUGAGGGCACAGAGACUGACAAGGCGUCCCAGGAGGCUGCAAAACAACAGGAACCUAAGAAACUCUCCCGAUGGGACAUGCUGGCAAUGCCACGGAAACGCGCCAAUUCUAUGAACGCCCCCAGUGAUACGGAAGCCUCCUCGGGCCCCCAGGGAACAGGGCGGAGCACAGGCACAGAGAGCACUUCUAGUCGCAGAGGGUCCAUCUCUGGAAAUAAGCCUACAGAGAGGCCACAGAAAGCACCGCUCAACAAGACUCCUGUCACCAGAGUGCGGGCCAGCAGUGCCAAGUACACCACCAGUACAGCAAGCUCGAGGCGGCGACAGAAGGGCUCAGACUAUACCUCUACCUCAGAUGAAGAAUAUGACUCCACCCAGGUCACUGCUAAACCCAAACGCUCCCAACCUUCCUCAGCCUCCCACAGCCCACGCAGCCAGCCCCGCCCCCAGCCCGUGGUGGCACUGAGGCCCGCGUCCCGGAACAGAGACUCGGAGGAGGAGAACCACGAGGGGGAAGCCUAUCACAACUGGUCGAGUCACAGCGCCGAGAUUGCACGGUUGAGUCAGGACCUGGCCAAAGACCUGGCUACUCUGGCUCGGGAGAUCCACGAUGUAGCCGGGGAUGGGGACUCGCUGAAUCCUGGAGCAGAGAGCAGCGCCCCAGUCUCUGCUGUGAGGGCGACUGAACAGAUCAUUGGGCAUAUUCCCGAGACCAGUUCAAACCCAUUAAGAGGUGCACCUGCAGGUCCAGCUGAACCAGUCCCACCAAACCAUCAGCAGAGCAUCAGGAAACAGGAUCAGAGCGAGGAGGCACACACGAACAACCAGCUGGACCCCGUAUCUCAGGUCAUUUGCUCCAUCAGAGAAAACACAGAAGAACUUGGAGAAAAAAUAAAGUUCCUGUUUCAAGACAAGAUGGAAAUGUGGGAGGAAAUUGAAACGAAGAUUUUUGCCGACGAUGAUAUGACAGUUGUCAAAACCCAAAAUAAGGAAAUCGCAUCCAUUUUGUUGGAGCUCAGAAGAGUUCAGCUGCAGUUGGAAGUCAUGAAUACAGUUGUGAAGCCCAGUGAUCAGGGCAAAACAUCCAGCACGUCGUCGUCUUCUGGGGUUCGUCCGUCUAGAGUCGUGUCGUCACAAGACUGGAGGACCUCUCCCUCUGUGUCCCGGAGAGGGGGGGGGCCACGACCAGGGGACCGGAAGGUUCAGAGCUUCACCAGUGUUCCAAACCAAACUCAUCUCUAUAUGAGAAUAAAAAUGCCAGCCACACCUUAUGGACGUCUCCGUGAUGAGGACUACUCUAAAAAGAAGCCGACCAGCUGUGUGGUGCUGGCUGUAGUCCUGGCCUGUCUUACUGCUCUGGGCAUCCUCCUCGCUGUUGCUGUUUUGGAGAGACCGUGCUCUUCUGAAAAUGGAGAAAAGGUCCUUCCACUUGACUCCUCCAGCGACAUUUGCAGCAUGGAACUAGUGGAGAGCAUCCCUAUGUACAUGGUCUAUAACCACAGUGCCACAUUUGGGGUCCCAUUGACAGAAGUAUGGAAAGGUCUCCUCGCCAUGGCGACCGAACAGCUGGAUGUGGUGUCCUUCUACUGGACUUUGACCGGCGGCGACAUCGGCGUGAACUCCUCUUCUGCUUUUCCUGGGACUUUCAUUCUGACAGAACUCGAAGCUUUGCCUGCAAGAAAUGUUUCUGUCAGAGCGUUGAUAAGCAAGCAAACUGUGCAGACAAACUCCACCGACUUGAAGAACCUGCAGGAAAAAGGAGUCCAGGUAAGAGAGGUGGACUUUAGACAUUUCACACAUGGCGUCCUUCACAGUAAGUUCUGGAUUGUGGACAGAAAACAUGUAUUCAUUGGGAGUGCCAACAUGGACUGGAGAGCUCUCACACAAGUAAAAGAACUAGGAGUGGUUAUCUACAAUUGCUCAACUUUAGCCACAGACCUGGAGAAGAUUUUCAACUCUUAUUGGGAGAUGGGACUUCCAAACAGCACACUGCCUGAUCCUUGGCCUUCAAAGUAUGACACAAACAUUAACAAAGAGCGCCCUCUACUGUUGAAUGCACGCAAUAUUUCCAGUCAGAUAUACAUAACAGGUACGCCGCCUCUUUUCUGCCCCGUGUCCAGGACUCUGGACUUGGAUGCUAUUUUGAGCAGUAUCUCUGAGGCUGAACAUUAUAUUGAUGUGGCUGUCAUGGAGUACUUCCCAACAAUCCGGUUUGAUAGUCCUCAAAAAUUCUGGCCAGUCCUGGAUGAUGCCAUUAAAACAGCAGCUUUGGACAGAAGUUUAAAGAUCCGGAUGCUGAUUAGUUGUGGGAGAAACUCUGAUCCACAAAUGCUGCCUUUUCUUCAGUCUCUAGCUGCCCUGGACACUCCUUCUUUACACAUCAACAUUAAAAUUAAACUUUUCAUUGUGCCUGUUGGAAACCAGACUGACAUACCAUUCAGCAGAGUUAACCACAAUAAAUACAUGGUGACUGAUAAAGUAGCCUACAUUAGUACCUCAAACUGGUCUGGGGACUACUUCACGUCCACAGGUGGAGUAAGUCUGGUGAUUUCCCAGCAUGCUCCUCACCCGAUCUGGAACAGGACCCUCCAGAGCCAGCUCAAAGCCGUUUUUGACAGAGACUGGACCUCCCAGUUUGCGGUGUACUUGGAUGAUCUCGGCCACCAUCCUGACUGCGCACUGGUCACAUAA